GAACGCAAACGUAAACAAAAACAUUUACAUGUGCGUUGUUUUCUGUUCCGCACAUUUUUUGUAGUUUUUAUUAUAGUUACCUAGUUUCUUUCAAGUUUUUCAAUAGUUGUUACAGUUAAAUCAAGUGCAACCGUUUGUACAAAGUACCUAGGUUAAGCAUACACAAAACGCAAUGGCAAAACCAAGCUCCAAAUGGACCGAUCUCGCCAAACCGCUCAGCGCUCCGGUGCUAGACGUGAUCACCGGUUUCGGCUUCCAGAAAAUGACACCGGUUCAGGCAGCAACGAUUCCGCUACUCCUGUCCUACAAAGAUGUCGCCGCCGAGGCGGUUACCGGUUCCGGUAAAACAUUGGCCUUUGUUGUUCCGUUGCUGGAGCUGAUGCUGAAGCGACAGCGAGAAACACCCUGGAAAAAGUCCGAAAUCGGUGCCAUUAUCAUUUCGCCGACGCGAGAACUGGCCACCCAGAUCAGUGAUGUGUUGGGGGAUUUCUUGCAGCACGAAAAAUUGGCGGUUUUUAAACAGAAGCUCUUGAUUGGUGGUAAUCCCGUGGAGGAGGAUGUGGACUGGAUCAGGAAGGAAGGGGCGAAUGUGCUAAUAGCGACUCCUGGAAGAUUGAAAGAUUUGCUAGAGCGGAAAGGGGAUUUGAAUUUGACAGCGAAGGUGAGAAGUUUGGAACUGCUGGUGCUUGAUGAGGCGGAUCGACUGCUGGAUCUGGGAUUCGAAUCGACUAUUAAUACCAUUUUGGGAUAUUUGCCGAGGCAGAGGAGAACGGGGCUCUUCUCGGCUACGCAAACCAAGGAGGUUAAGGAUUUAAUGCGAGCUGGUCUGAGGAAUCCGGUUUUGGUUAGCGUCAAAGAGAAGGCAACGGUCAGUACGCCAAAACUCUUGCAGAACUUCUAUGUGAUUGUUGAACCGGAACAGAAGCUUGCCGUGAUGCUGGAUUUCAUCGAGCGGCAGGAAGUGAAAAAGGCCAUGAUUUUCUUCCCAACGUGUGCUUGCGUUGAGUACUGGGGUAUUGCUCUGACGGAACUGCUGAAACCGACCAAAGUGCUUGCCCUGCACGGCAAAAUGAAGGCCCAACGGAAUCGAAUCCUGAAAAAUUUCAGAGAAUCGGAUAAUGCCCUUCUCCUCUGCACGGAUUUGCUUGCCAGAGGGGUUGACAUUCCGGAGGUGGAUUGGGUUCUGCAGUGGGACGCUCCUUCCAAUGCGGCUGCCUUUGUACACAGGGUGGGACGAACCGCCCGUCAAGGACACGAAGGAAACGCUCUAAUCAUGCUUCUGCCUUCGGAAGAUGCCUACGUUGACUUUCUGACCCGGAAUCAAAAGGUUUCCCUUAAAAAAGUAACCCUAGAGCCAAACGAGAAAAAGUUCAAAUCCACCCUGAAAACGCUCCACCGCCUUCAGAAGAGCGAUCGAGGAAUCUACGAUAAGGCUAGCCGGGCUUUCGUCUCUCACAUUCAAGCCUACAGCAAACACGAAUGUAACUUGAUCCUGCGAGUGAAAGAUCUCGACCUUGGGAAGAUCGCCACCAGCUACGGCAUGCUGCAACUGCCAAAGAUGCCCGAAAUGAAAGAACACUUCAAAAAGUCCUUUCAAGGCCCAUCGGAGGAAGUUGACAUCUACAAGCUCACCUACAAGGACAAACAGAAGCAAGCGUCGUACGACAACAAACUGAAACUCUACCAAGAAACGGGCGAAUGGAAGGGAAAGAAGAAACUCCUUAAAAAGAAAUCCAUCCCCUGGGAGUUAGCCAAACAGGAACGUGAGGAGCGCAAAGAGAUACGGAAGAAGCGACGCGAAGCCAAACAGAAACGGAAAGCAGCGGUGGAAUCCGGGGAGGCUGCGGAACCGGUGAAGAAGAAGAAGGCCAAGUUUUCACAGGAGGAGCUGGACGAGCUGGCCAAUGAUAUUCGGGCGUUGAAGAAACUCAAGAAGAAGAAAAUUACCGAAGAGGAGUGUGACGACGAGUUGGGACUGGCGAGUGAAGAUGAUGAUGAUGAAUAAGAAGGCUGUCAGGUAUGUAGGUAACGAA